AGCAUCCUCUUACUGGUUUCUCUGGUCACACGCCGGACGCCCAGUCUGCAUGAGGGACAUCUUCUCAUGCUGCCGAAGGCACGCUUGGUAAAAGCAGGAAGUCACGACGGCAAUGGCGGAGAACAUUCCGCUGGGCGAGUGCAAGCUCUCCCAGUCGCGCGACCAGCUGACGCCGCCCAGCCGCACCGAGAGCACCGUGUUCAGCUUGUCCCGCAGCGACUCGCUGUGGACCGCCGAGACCCCCCCGGGCGUGUGCCAGGUGUUCUGGUUCCCCAUCCACUUCAUGUCCACGGGAGGCGGCUUCCUGGCGUGCGGCGUCAUCAUCAGCGGCCUCUACUUCGCCGGCCACAGCAAGAAGCUGAGCAACAUCCUGGGCCCCGCCCUGCUGUCCAUCGGCCUGAUGGUCUUUGUGGUGGGCGUGGUCCUCAUUCCCAUCACCAAGGAGAACAGGAGACGCUCCGGCGUGAAGAAGCCCCUCGCCUUCCACCGGCAGCCCGCCUUCAACGUCUAGCCUCGGCCCGGGCGGGACGCCGCCAGACCGCUUGGGAGCGUUUGGGAAGUGCGCUCUAUCUGUGGUGGAUCCACAUCCCGACUCCGAGGGGAGCCGCGGCACAGACUAACCGCUGCUGUGCAAAUGGUCCGUUCCAGGGUCAAACCGUGAAAGCUUUAUGAAUAUAAGCCGCAUGCUGACAGCCUGACGUGUCGUACAAGUGUAAAAAGAAGUGAAGCAGUGCUAACUACGCGCAUGGUGACGACUUCCUGCUGUGACUGUGACAUCACUUCCUGUCUUUCCGCGUCUUCUACGGCUUCCUGACACGGACUGACGUUCAUUUUUCGGUGCUGUGAGCUGAGCUGCUUUUGUGGGACGUAGGAGACACGUAGGAGACAUGUAGGGGACAUGUAGGAGACAUGUAGGAGACAACUAGGAGACACGUAGGAGGGCUCCCAUUCUACUUCCUGUCUGUCAGAAAGAUGGAAGGCUUGCAUGUUGAAUGGAUGAUGAUGAGAUAAACAUG